CUCCCGCGUCCCGCCCCGGGCUGGGGGCCUCUCGCGCCGGGUUGUCAGGGAGAGAAGCUGCCGCUGCCGCCGCCCGGCCUCUGUCAUUGGGGCCGCUCCUCCGGCGGGGCGCGGGGCUGCGGCUCCCUCCAGAGGCGGCCGGCGGCGGAGCCACGCGGGGCGUCACCUCCUCCCAGCCGGCGGGUCUGAGGCGGCGGCCGCCGGGCGCGUCCCCCCCACCCCCCGCUGUGCCCCCUGGGGUCCCAGUGCCGCCACCCCCUCUCCUAUCCCCCGCCGCCGGCCCUAAAUCUGUGCCUGCCCCUCCCCCAUCUCCGGCCUGGCCCCGCCGCCCGUGAGUCCUGGGGGUGGCUCAUAACUACCGCCCGCGCCCGCAAUUCCUUCUCCGGCGCAGCGAGCGCGGCCAGCCGCCUCCCUCCAUGCUCCGUGGUGAUGCUGCUGCUGCUGCGCCCUCCGUGCGGGUAACAGCGCGCAGCGCCUUCCGCUCCGGGCAGCCAAGAUGUGGCAGAGCGUCGGGCUGACGCUGCUGGUGAUCGUGGCCACGCUGGCCUGUGUGCUCUUGUUCAUGCUGUGCGGUUGGUAUGUGGUGUGGCAACUGUUUUUAUCUAAAUUCAAGUUCCUGAGAGAGUUGAUAGGAGACACAGGAUCCCAGCAGGGGGAUAAUGAGCCUUCAGAGUCUGAAGCUGAACAGGAGACUCCACCCACUCCACAGAGAGGUAGACAGAAAUCAGCACGGCAAAGAAGGGCACCAGCAGAAGAAGCAACUUAAAAAGAUAGUCAACUAUGAACAGAUUAAACACUUCUGCUGCUCUGUGUGAUUCAGCGGUUUGGUUUUACUAAAAACAGUGGGCUGAAAAAAGCCAAAAACCUGUGAGUCUUUACUUUUGGAUUUCAGAUAUACACUACUUUAGUAGCGGUUCAGGAAGGGCUUUAACGGUAAGCCGUAUAGAACUAGAAAAAAGAAGGUGGGGGGAGAAUCUCUCCGUCUGGAAAAGGCUGAGCUGCUGUAGCUCCCACCCUUGCAAAUGGAUGCGGUUUCCUGGUCCCUAGACCUAGCCUUUCCAUUCGUCUGAACAGGGUAGGCAUCUCAGACUGGAAAUGGUUGCGAACUUUAUUUUUAUUUCACAGCACUGCAACUAGUUGUAGUAAAAUUUAAUUUUAUUUCUGCAUUUCAUUCAGCUAUAUAAAUAUAUAUAUAUAUAUAUAUAUAUUCUUCAACUUGUCAAUGCAUGUAAACUUGAAAGAUGUUCAAAGGAUAUCCUGCUUGCACGGUAUUAUAAAAUGAGGUUUAGUAACCUUUUCAGUACGUGAGAGAAUCCGUACUAGAUGCACGUGAUGUGGAGGUUGUAACUAUCUCCUUAAAGAAAAACAUAAUCAGGUGACCAUACCCGGCUUCUUGGUUUUGACACAAGAAGGGUUACAGGUAAAACUAUUCUGCUAGACGUCUGUGUUUUGUCAUCUGAAUCUCUGACUCCAUUUUUACUGGAGAUGGGGAGGUGCAGCAUGGGUUAAGUGUCUUCACUGUUCAGUAUCCUAAAGUGGAAAGCACAGUUCUAACUCACUUUAAAAUGUAAACAUUUUUACAUCAGGUAUUUGGUACCAGAUUUUUUUUUUCUGGCGCCAUUUAUUAUGAAGAACUUGUGACCAAUUUGGUGGACACCACUUUAAUAGUAUUGUAGCAAUGUGUUUAGUACCUCAUGUUUGGUGGUGGUGGUUACUGGUUGUAUCAGCAAUUUAGCAGAUUCUCCCAGUUCUUCAGUACCUGAAUUGUACUCCAGGUGAACAUCCUUUUUUUAUUAUUAUUAUUAUUUUGCAUUGUACUUCAAGCAAAAUUAAAUCCCACAUUGCAGCAAUCUAGCAACUUUGUAAACUAGAGUUUAAUGUGUAUCAAACAAGGAAGAAUAGGCAGGUGCUGCCUCUGAAGGGGGAUGUUGGGGGAUGAAGCUACAAAAAGAACAGUGUCUGUGUUUUAGAACAAGCUCAUUUGACUUCCUUUCAUAAACUUUGGAUGCAUCUUGUUGAUUUGUUUAAUUUCUCCUUAGUUUUCCCUGCAUUCAGAUUCUGCUCUACAGGAAAAUGUCUUAAAACUACAAACUAUGAAUCCUACAUCUAUGGACAAACUCUCUUGAACCUCUAGUGACAAUAGCAAUGCUUAGCUCUUUGAUAGAAUAGACUCCUAUGUCUGGGAGAAGAGCACAUUUUUACUGCCUUUAUAUUCUAAUUUAUCUGUGGAUAUUAUUUGAAAGCCAAUGUGUUAGGAUUUGAAGAUGACAGCAUUCACUGAAAUAUACCACAAACAGCUGACAUAAACUUUCUUCCUAAUGUGUCAGUGUUAAAAUAUGUAAUGGAUGUCCUUGACCCUUCCCUGCAAGUUCUAUGUUCUUUCUUUGUUUACCAGCAUGUAUGUAUAAACAUGCUUUAUUACAGGAUUACACUUUCAAGCGUGGUUACACAUCAGUUUGCACAUAUCCUCAAAACACAUGUAAAACAUAUUAAUAGUUUUUCCUAUUCCAUACUUCCUACUGGUGAGAAUGGGAACUGGAAAUGGCUAUUGAUUUAAGGUAAUAUCCCCAUUGUACUGUAUUCAAACUGUUCAACAACUUUGUUUCCUUUUCCUGCUUGUUUCAAGUGUUUGCUUUUAGGACAUACUCAACAGUAUAGUCCAUUUGAUGUACAGUAUACCUUCAACUUAACAGUUCUAAGCAGAUUUUGGAGCACUUUUCUUAAUCUUUUCAUUAAGAACAUACAUUUUGUAAACUCUCAUUAAUUUUAGUCUGCAAAAGGACUAUAAUCUUGAUAUAAAGCAUUCCUACUAUAUGUACAUUUCAGUUUUAACUGAAAUAUAAGUACACAUAGGAAAUACACAGACAGCAAAAAGCUGACGUUUCUAAUCUCUCCUGCUGACAGAGGUAAUGGAAACCCACAGACAGGCUCUAAUUUCAACAGCUGUGAAGAAAUGUGAAAUUACAGCUAUACAGAUACCAAGCAAGGUAGAGCUCGAAAGUCCUUGUGCCUCAUGCCUUGAGUAAGUUGAUGAGGGAAACCCAGUAAGUUUCAGUGCUGACACUUCUACCUGGAAGUAUGCAAUAACAUGGAAAUUUUGUGAAAAAAUAGCCAACACUCUUACUAAUUAAUAAUGCUGAUGUGACCUACUUACCAGUAACACUAAAUCCACCUAUAACAUAACAUUCAUGCUCCUAGUAGCAGCAUGACAAUGAGAUUUAUAUUAUAGAGAUAGUGUGAGUUGUGUAGCUUCGGUGAUGAAGAUGUCAAUGUAUAAUAUGAAUAGGAGAAAAUAAAAAGGGUUUUCUGCACAUGUCCCAUGUGGAAACUUCAGCAUAUUGGGGUUUUACACACACCUAUAAAACAAGGGUGUAUUUAUGUGAACGUGUGUGCCUGUGAGCAGGUCCAAGGUAUUAAGUUUUACCAGUCCAAUAGAACUCAUGUUCUUGUCUUCAAAAUAUUUUGUUUUGGACUUUUUUUAAGAAUGUAUGUCUAAAGUAUUUUAGUUGUAGCUGAGCACUUAGUUUUUAAUUAAGUAAUACAAUUCUAAAAAAACCGUUUUGUAAGGCAAAAAUAUAAAUGACUGAUUUAAUCUUUGUUUUAAUUAGAUUUAUUUUUAAAUAUAUAUGCCUUAUUGCAACCAUUCUACUGAAUAUACUGGUUGGUUUUGGUCAAUUAAUUUAAAAUAUAUUCAUAUCACUUUUGUAGCAAUGGUUGAGUGAGCAGCAGUUAUCUGCUUUGUAUGUGAAACACUUUAUUUGAAAAGGCUACUGCCAGGGAUCGUAGAACAAGCACAUAAUAUAGGCUGGUUGAAAAGAGUAGUUAAAUAAUGGCUACAAAUUCAGGAGAAAACUGAGGACAGUUGUAUUCUUGUAGGAUUUUUCUUAUGACUAUUGCAAAAUUCAGACCUGUUAGGAAGCCGUUAUGAUUUUUAUCAUGGUUAUUUAACACCUGCCCACAAGGCUAAUUCUAUGCAGUUCAUUCAUUAAGCACUGCUGCUGUAGCUAUUUGCAGUAAAUGCUAUAUACUGUGCUGCAAUCAGUGAGCAACUUGCUGCUUAACGUUAGGUUUACACUGACCUAGACCUAUGUAUGUUUCAACUUCAGUUUGUUUGGCAACAGCCAGAAUAAAGAAUGUGUUUAAUGUAGUCAUUUGCGUCUUCAGUGUUAACUGUUAAAAGAUACUGUACCUAAUGCUUCCGUGGUUUGUCUGUAUUCAUCAUGUUAACUGUUCUUUUAAACUGACUGCACAGAUAACAAAAACAAAAUAAAAUAGACUUGAUAUGAGAA